ACUGUGGACAUGGUCGCUGUACUGUCCGAUCAGGAUCUCCUCUCUGCUACUGCACCAAAGGGUGGACUGGAAAACACUGCCAACAACAAGACAUGUGUGCCAGACACCCUUGUCAACAUGGACAGUGUGUUUUAUCCAACAACUACCCAACCUGUGAGUGCGAGGAUGGAUAUCAUGGAACAUUCUGCCAAAUAGAGCAAGCUUGUCGGCAGCACUCCCCUUGUGUACAUGGACGAUGCAUUGAAGACAAAGGCAGACCUAAGUGCAUUUGUGACGUGGGCUGGACUGGACCUGCCUGUAAUGGAAAAAACCACUGCUCAAAAUGUAAGAAUGGUAUUUGUAAUUUUACCACAGGGCAGUGUCACUGCCAUCAUGGAUGGACUGGAGAUGAUUGCAUGGAGAAACACCCCUGUGCAUUAUAUCCCUGUAAACAUGGACAAUGUAAACUGAUAGGACACACUAUACAGUGCUUGUGCGAGCCGGGCUGGACAGGAGACCACUGUGACAGCUUCGACCGGUGUAGUGACUUAAGCUGUGCUUAUGGAGGAUGUGUUACUGAAAACGGGCACCCAUACUGCCGCUGUAAUCCUGGUUGGACAGGUGCCACAUGUUCAGCAAGAACUUUAGAGGUAUCAAGACUAACGGAGGAAGCUUCGCCCAAUGUCAGUUACAAAGAAAUGGAUGAUGCCUCAAAUAAUUUCCCCCAAUCUUCAUCUUGAAAUGGCUGAGGGACUUUUGCAAAACGGAGAACACUAUUUAGGCUAAUACAAUAUAUAUUUUACGAUGAAAUUCUUUUGUGAAUGAAAUACAAAAUCAAUGGUAUAAAAUAUUAU